AUGAAGAACCAGAAGACGCAGGGGAAGGGGCCGUCGCAGAAGCCCCAUCCGUCUUUGACGGGCUCGGGUUCCAACCGCAGGCCCCGCUGGGAGACCUCCGAAUCGAAGGGGCCGUCCUCUAGCGCCGGCGACAGUAGCAGGAAGCCCAAGGAUGAGGGCAACUCCUCUGACCGUAGGGCCUCGAAUAAAGCCUCCGCCGCCGCAGCUGCGCCGAAGUACGAUGGGAGAUUUGCUGUGGCCGCGGGGGCGGGGCUGUCGCCGGGGCCCGGUGGUCAUCCUAUCCCGCCGCCGGCUGGGGAUUCCCCGUUCCGGUUGCUACAGGAUCCUGCCGGUCCUCCGCCUCCCCCGCCGUACGGGUUCCAGAAUCUUGAACGGCGCACGAUCGUUCUCGCCGACGGCAGUGUCCGCUCCUACUUCGCAUUGCCGCCCGACCCGCCGGUGGACCCCGCCGCCGACAGGUUUUUGCCCUUCGGCUCCCGUGGGCUCCCGAGGCCAGAGGCUGGUGUGGGAUUAGGGUUGGAGAAGCAUCACCUCGGGCCACAGGGGCCGCGGUUUAGCCCAGAGGAAUUCCGCGAACUGCCAUCGUAUGGACGCGGCGGUGGACCUCAGCACGAUUAUUGGGCAUCCUUGGGGCUUGAUGGUUCCCGGGUUUUGCCGGAGGGUGCAUCCUCGCUGAAGAGGAAGUAUGGGGAAGAAGAUGACCUUGCAUGGCAUAGGAAGCACGUUAUGCAUUAUGGGAAUCCCAAUGCCAACGUAGUUGGUUUCCCGCCCGGUUCUGGAGACCGAGCGGAUUUUCUGGGCAGAUCUGGUAGCCCUCGCAGGGACCAUCUGGAUGAUGUGCGACUCUCAAAGCAUGCAAAGCUUGGAGGGGACGCAUAUGACCACUUUUCUCACAGACGCAGAGGCGACGCUGAUGCGUCUUCUGUGGUCAUUGAUGUGAAUCCUGAUGUCUUGAAUAGGGCAUUUCUUAGGUUUUCCAAGACGAUCAAUGAGAAUGCAUCACUGAAAAAGAACUUCUUGGAGAACGGGAAGAACGGGCCUCUGUCUUGCCUUGCAUGUGGCAGGUUUGAAACCAGCGAAUAGUCUUCAUAACCGUUUGGUUUUCUAAUUAUAAAAAUUUGUGGGUAAUUAUAAGGUAGAGCUUUCCAGUGGAAUCUAAUUACAUGGCUUAUUUGCAGAUUUCCUGCACUUUUUAUCUGAGGCAUCUUAAAGCCCUUUUUAGUUUUUAAAUUCUGAUGUUGGAAUAGUUCAAUGAUGCUCAUUAAAACCUUUGUUUCGCUGACCUUUAUGUGACUGUGUUUGUUAGUUGUUUGUGUAUGAUAUGUUUGUUCUUUGAUUUGUUGGCUAUGUUCAUUGAAUGUGCUGGAUAAUGUUUAGGACUAGUUUGAUCUGAGACAUGAUUGUCCGGAUGAUUAGCAUUUAUGACGGAAUUACAUUGCAGCCUUCGUUAUCUGUUUAAUAUUUAGGUAAACUUUUACCAUAAAAAGUGGGAAAAUCCUUUGUUAGGUUUCUUAUUAUUGCUAACAACGGUUAUACAUUAGGUGAGCACUGACCAGAAUUCAUUGCCAUGGAAUGGGUUCAAGUUUACAUGUCUAUAAAGACACUUAAUUCAUUCAUUCAUUUUUUUCUGGAGUUUGAUCCACGUCAGAUGAUUUUUACGGAAAUGUACCCUUAUAAGUACCAAACAGUUAUGCUUGUCUCAAAUUGAAACUUUCAUUGAACAAACCCUAUGGGACUUAUUUGGAGAAAAAUGGAUUGCUGCCUUUGUUUACAUUGACUCUCUGUUGCUUAUUGUAGUAUGACUGGCCAGGAUCGUGUGGUUCUUGCAUCAGGGGUUCAGGUUUGUGUCGGUUCAUCUAUUUUCAGGUUGUUGUAUUGGGGUUUUCAGGAUUAAUUUUCCUACUGCUGGGCUGGUUGGAAUGGUUAGUUUGUUUAUGGCUUUUCAUGAGAAGUUCACCUAAUGUUGAUAGAUGUUCUUUUGCCUGUAAUCACAGGGGUAGAGUGUAGCUCUGAAAAAUAUUGUGUUGUACUUUUUCUAAAUUUCAAGCGGAUUGAGUUACGUGGUGAGAUUUAUGGAGAGGAUGCCUGCCAAAAUGUUACUGGAUGUUGUAUUUCUGCAUGUUCUUUGCGGUAGAAUUUUUUUCCUGAUAUUUAGUUGAUUAAUGAUUUUCCGUUAGCUUGUUGCUACUCUCUGUAGAUUUUUUGCAGAUGAUGUGUUGACUUUAAAUUCAUGUUGUGUCGUGCAUGGUUCUUUGGUUGCGAAGUUAAUCUUUUCAGGACUCCUUUUGUAAACGGUGUUUCUUUUCUUUCUGUUAAUUCCUUUAUUCCUUUUAUGGAAUGUUUUUGACAUCUGGUGACGCGACAGACCAUAUUUGUGUGUCAUAGAAGCUGUGUUUCGUGAGAUGUUUGCUGUUUGUGAGAGAUAAUUCCCUGAAACGUGGUUUUGUUGUCUGUUUCUUGUGGGUUUUUGGAUUUGUUCCUUUCUCAUUGUGUUAUGAGCGCGGUUCUUUUUAGUAGGGUGAUGUGAGGUUGGCUAUGGUGACGAAUGCUGCAGUCUAUACAUGUUUUGAUAUAUUGAAUGAGCGAAGUUCCAGACCAAAUGUCCAAGUCAUCCGGUCCACUUAGUAGAUAACAUUAGGGAAAUGACAAUGGAGCCUAUGCAGACGCUAUCUUGAGCUAUCUGGUCAGUUUGGGGAUGAUCAUGGUAUCACCUGGGCAACCAGGCAGGUUUGGUUGCGCAGCACGGGCUGUUUGCGGCUGAAUUUAAAUAGCUCAUCCCAGUCCAGUGCAGCAUCUGAUGAAAGACCAUCUGUAACUGGUUUUGGUAGACUGUGGGCUCCUAAAACCUGCAGCUCACCAGUUAUUGAUUGGGGAUGCUGUGGCAUCUGAAGCAGGAUUACAAGAAGUUAUUAGGAUAACCAGCAGCAGUUGCCAGAUAGCACAUCCUUUCGAAGGUAGCUAUCUGGGGAGGCAGAAUUUUAUCUUUUAUGGGGAUUGCUCCCUCGCUCUUUGAGCUUCGCAAGGAACUUUCCCAUGUGUGUGGAAAAUCUUCAUCGUGUGAUGUCUGUAACUGUUGGCGCUCUCGGUACUGUAGCUCCUGUAUCAUCCAAUGCAUGAUAUUUUUUUUCUAUGAUAUUAUUUUUUUCUCAAUUUCUUUCCUUUCACUAUUAAUUGAUUUGUAAAUCAGUCUGGGUUAAGUGCACUGUCUUCUCGUCGAAGAUAGACAGAGCAGUUUGUCACUGUUUGGUCCUUUGUAAAUCAUGAAUUUAUGUGUCAAUAACUCUUUUUCUUGGAGUUCAUAUCAGAGAGAUUUCGUUGUGCUGUAUUGAGGAAAAGGGCAUUAGUUAUUUCCGGGUUGAUAUUGAUUUUCCCCCUUAUAUUGAUCAUGGGUUUGUGCAUAUUUUCUAUUAACGAACUUUUUCUAUGGUUUAUAGGUCAGAAGUUUGUGUAUGAAAUAGUGGAAUUUGGCUUAUUCUUGAAGCUUACAUCUACGUUUCUACUUUAUAAUUCAGUAGUAUAGUAAUGCAAAUUUUAUGCUAUGAGAAAGGCCAUUGACUGCAAGUAGGGAAGAAAUAGUGUCAGCACAUAUAUAUGGAGCUUUUAAGGUGUAUAUGAAGAUUGAAAAUGAGCUAGGUGUUCUCAUUCUCUCAUAAAAUGUCCAUUUCAUCGUAAAGAUAUCAUGUUUUUGGUUUCUGCGAAUAUAAGAUGAGAAGUUGAUCUUUGAAUUUAUUCUAUUUUUUAUUGGGUGCUGCUGGGUAAACCCAAAGUCCAGAUUUCUUGUCUAUUGGUAAUUAGUCAGAAGAGUACUUCGAUAAUCGAAAGUUAUAUUGGGUACUGAGGCAGUAUAUUUUACUGGAGUUUAUUUUUUAUGUGGUCUUAAUGAUGGGUGAAUGUAUCAGCUAGAUGGUAGUGCACCUGUUCAAUAACUGUACAUGUAGUUAUUAAUGGCGUAGUUAAUUUUGCAGCUGAAUGACCAACUUCGACAUUAUUGCAUUUGAUGAUAGCAUCUGAUGGUUUUAUGUGUUUAUUCCUUUCGAAUUCAUGUCUUUUCUGCUCUGUCCUCUGUUCUUCUAGAAAGAACGUUAGCGUCAGUGACAAAAGGUUAAGAGCAAUGCUGGUUUUAAAAAUCUUGCAAGCAGACAGAUGUGUGUAAUGAGGGUUGGAAGGGCUCGUUUUCUUUGGGAGUAGUAGGAAACAAUAUCAUUUUUUAAUUAGUGGAAUUUUGUAAUCUUGUUUUAACACUGUUUUUUUAUUUUUUUGGCGUGCCAUUUUCAGGGUAUCCAAGGAGUUUGGUGAUAUGCAUGCACUCGUCAUGCAUACAUACUAUUCACAGAAUGCAGACCUGCGUGUUGAUCACCUUGGUUUGCAUAAGGCAUUGUGUGUUCUCAUGGGAUGGAAUUUUAAGAGGCUACCUGAGACUUCCAAGGCCUACCAAUCACUAUCUGCUGAGGCUGCCACAGAAAAUAGGGAAGAUUUGAUAUUGUGGCCACCAAUUGUCAUUAUUCAUUACACUAGUUUUGGACAAAGAAAAAAAGAUGGACGCAUGGAGGGUAUGGGAAACAAAGAGUUGGAUAAUAAACUUAAAGGUAUCCUGAUCUGGUCUCUCCUCCGAUUUAUAUUUUGUUUGCAAUUUCUCAUGUCAUUGUAUCCGUGAGUCGUUAACUUGCUGGAUUUUAUUUAUAGAUGUUAAUCCACUAGUACAAUGAAUGCUCUUAUCUUUGUUUUCUGCAUAUUUUUCUGCUGGUUAUCUUGUUGGAUAGAGGCUCAUUACUAUGGCAAUAAGAGCAUGAUUAGUUAGCACUGGGUGUGGUUGAUGCAGAUCAUUUCAAUUAUGCAGUAAUUUCCUGUAGAUUAUGAUGGCAAUAAGAACAGGAUUAGUUAGCACUGGGUGUGGUUGAUGCAGAUCAUUACAAUUAUGCAGUAAUUCCCCGUAGAUUAUGAUGGCAAUAGGAACAUGAUGAGUUAGCACUCGGUGUGGUUGAUGCAGAUCAUUUCAAUUAUGCAGUAAUUCCCCGUAGAUUAUGAUGGCAAUAGGAACAUGAUGAGUUAGCACUCGGUGUGGUUGAUGCAGAUCAUUUCAAUUAUGCAGUAAUUGCCUGUAGAUUAUGAUGGCAAUAAGAACAUGAUUAGUUAGCACUGGGUGUGGUUGAUGCAGAUCAUUACAAUUAUGCAGUAAUUGCCUGUAAAUAUGAUGGCAAUAAGAACAUGAUUAGUUCGCACUGGGUGUGGUUGAUGCGGAUCAUCUCAAUUAUGCAGCAAUUGCUUGUAGAUUAUUAUGAUGGCAAUAAGAGCAUGGUUAGCAAUAAUUCUGUAGAAAUUUAAUGGCGAUGGCUAGCUGGAUUCUGGACAUCUUGGUAGAUCAGUAUCGUGUGCUCAUUUUGGUGCAGUAAACCGAAGAACUGGAAUGCUUAGGGUUUUUCUCUUCCAUUGGCUGGGGUUUCACCUCGAAGCUCUGGAUUUAGUUGCAGAGGACGAUGAUCUAUGAUCUCGUCCGAAGCCGGCUCCGUCCGAGGGUUUCGCCUUCUCCGAUUCGAUGCCGGUUCGUUGUCUGACGAGGUUUCUCCGCAGAUCUGGGAUUCGGCGGCGGAAGGUCGAGGACGAUGAUGAACGGGAAGGAGGGAAUACCAUUUGGCACGGCGGCGGUGAGGUUUGCCGGCGACCGGGACGGCCUCCGGGAGGCGGAGCAGCUGGCGGAGCUCCUGGAGAGGGACGGCUGCGGGCGCCGGAGCUGGGCGCGCAUCUCGCAGGGCAGGCGGCGGCCGGAGGAGGGGAAGGAAGGGGAGGCGGCGGAUGGGAGGAUCCUCCUCUACGGGUACCUGGGGAUCGCCGGCGACAUGGACGAGCUCGACGCGGAGACGAAGAAGAAGGCCGUCCUCCACAGCCGGAGGGAUUCCGCCGGUAAGUAG